CAGGUCCUCAGCGUCCGCAUCGUCUCGCUCGACUACUACAUGGCGCCGCCCAUCCCGGGCCUCGACUUCUCCUACAGCCCCUUCCACUGUACGCUCCCCUCCCCUUUCUCAACUUCUUCAGGCCCAACCGCUUCUCUCCGCACUGAAUUCCCUCUCUAUCUGGUGGCUGGCGCAGGCGAGGAGGUGGAGGAGGUGCCGGUGAUCAGGAUCUACGGCUCCACCCCCGCGGGGCAGAAGACUUGCCUCCACAUCCACCGGGCCAUGCCGUACUUGUAUGUACCUUGCCCAGAGGAGCUACUUCAUAACGUCAAAAGAGGGAAUUCAUGUAUGACCGGUCUAUUGAGUGACCUUGAGAAAGCUUUGCAGAAUCGUGGAUCAACAAAAAAGAAGCAUGUCCAUGGAUGUAGCCUUGUUCGAGCAAAGAAGUUGUAUGGCUAUCAUUCAUCCGAGGAGAUUUUUGUGAAGAUCUACCUAUAUUAUCCUCAUGAGGUUUCUCGGGCUGCAACCCAUCUAUUGGGUGGUGCUGUUCUUGAUAGAGUAUUCCAGCCUUAUGAAUCACACAUUCCAUAUCUUCUUCACUUUUUGGUCGACUAUAACUUGUAUGGAAUGGGCCAUGUACAUGUCACAGACUUUAAGUUCCGCCCUCCAUUGCCAGAUGAUUUUUAUCUUAAGAGUCUACAUAGGAAGGUGGCUUCGUCUGCUGAAUCAGAGCACAAGGCACAUUCAGAUAAUGUUGCAAUGAAGUAUCCAAUGAUCUGGAUAUCUUCAACAGUGCCACAUGCUUUAAUACUGGGCGAUUCUGCUACUUCACAUAGCAUGGGAGGAGCCAGUUUGAACUACACCAAACGACAUACUUCUUUGAUGCUUGAAGCUGACUCCAGAGUGGAAGGUAUCAUAAACGAGAAGCAUAAGAUCUACACUUCUCUUUCACAAACAACGACAGACACGAAAAUGGUUCAGUCACUUUUAGCAAUUUGGGAGGAACUCGAGCACUUACGAUUACUGGAGGAAAAAAGACCUGCUGAUAUUGGUAGACCACCGAGGAAUGUUGUUCUUAAAAGUUUUCUUCAUGGUAUUAAGUAUGAGAGUGCUCUAUCUAUGUUGGAUUCGAAAGAGGAAGGCCCCCAUAAAGUUUCUGCCACUGAAGACUCUGAAAAUCUAGAGAAGUGCUUUAAAUCAUUGACUGAUAUUAUUGGGACUAUCACAUUUUCACAAAAUGACAACUGCCAUAAUGUUGAUAGUGAUAAUCCCAUGGAUAAUCCUGCUCAAAGAACAUCUCAGUUACUCGAUGAACAUGAAAAGCAUGUUGAUGCUGAAGCACUUGGGCUUUUAAGCUGGAUGGCCUCCUCGCAGGCUGGAGAGGAACCGACAACUGAUGAUGAAUUGAUCAAUGAAGUCAUUCUGAGCCCUUUGUUUUCCAAGAGGUCUAUUGAAGUUGCUUUAGAGUCUGCUCACCUGAAUUUUGAUAGCGCUUCUCAGCAGGAGUGCCAGGAUAUUCUUGAUACACUUGAACCUGGGACUAGGGAAGAAGAGCUGAAUGCUUCUACGUCUCACCACAGUUCUGCAAUGCUUAAUGAUAGCACUUCAUUGAGCAAUACUAUUCCUCAGCUUGAUGGGUCUUCUGAUGAAAAUCAGAAAGUCCCCCAUGGGUAUGAUCAGGUUAAAAUUACUGGGAAAAAAAUAGGAACACCUAGUCACUCAUCUAGUAAAAACAAGUUGUCCAGCAAGCGUGGAGGUACUGAACUUCUCUGGGGUUCUUUGCCUCUUUCUACUAAAAAGCGGCCACAUGGAAAUGUUGAUAGUCCUAUUACCACUUCUUCAGGCAGCACAAUGCUAACUGAGAAGAAACCAAGUUCUUGCAAGAGUAAAACUGCGAAGAACUCCCAUGAUACUGCAGAAGACGCUGACAUGGAAUCUUCUAGUUCGAUAGGUGAACAUGGCUCAGCCUGUCAAUCUGUAAGGGAUUUAAUGAGAAGGAGGAGGAGGAGGGGAUCUUUCCAGCCUGAACAAUUGGACUUUGGUUCUUCUGGGGCUGCAGCAUGCACCAUGGGUAAAGAGAGUGAAAUCGUGAUUUCUGGAGGUUUAGAAUUGCAUGAUUUCACUAGCGAUCUUUCAAAUUCAGAAAAGCCUUAUUCUGGUGGUGAUUAUGUACAUAUGACAUUUGCACGGAAGCCUCCUCUGAAGAACGAAGUAUGCUCUGGUUUGGAGGGUUCUUCAACGAGCAUUGAGCAGCCUGAAUCUGUUAAACUGGGAUCUGUUGACCCCCUUCCGUUUUUCGAUCAGACUGCUGAAGAGAAUAAGGAGAAUGGAUCAUUUCAGUACAUGGGAAGUAAUGAAUUCCCACAUGAUACGUUGGGUGUUCCAACUCAUUUCCAGAAUGAUGGAUCAGUACUAUAUUUGCUGACACAUGCAUUUUCACCACCAUCUGCAGUGUCUGUCAGACAGUGGCUACCCCAACAAGCUUGUUCUAGUAAUGUCCCUGGUGAUCAGGAAAUAGAACACCAUCCUACCUUUUCACCACGUGCGGAAGCUCUUGCUUUGAUGGACGAUUCUCCUGUACCCAGAUCUGCUCCAGAGAAUACCACAACAACGUUCACAGAUACAGUUAUGACGAAACCUGACCUAUCGAACAAAGAAAAUAAACAGUCGGAUGAUUGGCAUGAUUUUUCCCAGAUCUCAGUUGAAGAAGAAAAACAUAAGCUCACACCGCUCAGUCAAAGUGGGUUUCGUGACCCUGCUAGCACUGGUGGUGGACAACAAUUGACUUUACUUAGCAUAGAGGUAUUUGCAGAAAGCAGAGGGGAGCUGCGUCCUGAUCCACGGUUUGAUGCCAUCAAUGUUGUAUCACUGGCUGUUGAGGAUGACAUGGACUGUAGUGUUGAAGUUCGUGUAUUUAUACGUGGAAACAACGGCAGAUCGCAUGGGAAAAGGAACCUUGACGGAAUUGUUGGUUGUGGUGUUGAUGUCUUCCCUGAAGAGAGAGACCUUCUGAACCAUCUUAUUAGUGCAAUAUGUUCAAUUGAUCCAGAUAUCCUAGUUGGGUGGGAGAUUCAGUUAGGAUCUUUAGGAUUUCUUGCAGAAAGAGCUGCUCAUCUGGGUGUAGGCUUACUGAAAAGAAUCUCAAGGACACUACCACAUCAGUCAAAACAUCCACCUAACAAUCUAGACCAUGAGUCUAGUCAGGUGCUUCCUGAAGCAUCUUCUGCUGGUGAUGUUAUUGCGGAUGUCAGUGAGAAUGAUUGGAGUCAUACCCAUGCUAGCGGUGUACAUGUUGGUGGGAGGAUCGUACUAAACUUAUGGCGUCUUAUGCGUGGGGAAGUUAAGCUUAAUAAUUACUCUCUUGAAGCUGUGGCUGAUGAAGUCCUGAGGCGAAAGGUACCAUUAGUACCGACCAAGACAUUGAAUCGAUGGUUUGCAACAGGUCCUGGACGAGGAAGACACCGAUGCAUAGAAUAUGUUAACAGCAGAGCUAUGCUCAACCUUGAAAUAAUAAAUCAACUUGACCUGGUCAAUCGGACAUCUGAACUUGCUCGUGUGUUUGGUAUUGACUUCUUCUCCGUUCUUUCACGAGGGUCUCAGUUCCGUGUCGAAUCUAUGCUAUUAAGGUUGGCUCAUACACAGAACUACCUUGCAAUUUCCCCAGGAAACCAACAGGUUGCUACUCAGCCAGCGAUGGAAUGCUUGCCACUUGUAAUGGAGCCAGAAUCAGCUUUCUACUCUGACCCAGUUCUUGUAUUGGAUUUUCAAUCCCUUUAUCCUUCUAUGAUAAUAGCAUAUAAUCUAUGUUAUUCUACAUGCUUGGGUAAAGUUUUCCCAUCAAAGUCCAGUGUACUUGGCGUCAGCUCGUAUUCAGCAGAUGCACAAACAAUUGCUGAUCUGAAAAAUCAGCUGCUCCUUACUCCAAACGGGGUCUUGUUUGUGCAACCUGAGGUCAGGAAAGGUGUAGUACCUCGUCUUCUGGAGGAAAUACUGUCAACCAGAAUUAUGGUGAAACAUGCAAUGAAAAAGCUAGCUCCAUCUCAGAAAGUUCUGCAGAAGAUACUCAAUGCUCGGCAACUUGCUCUGAAGCUGAUAGCUAAUGUAACAUACGGUUACACAGCUGCUGGAUUCAGUGGUCGUAUGCCCUGUGCAGAACUUGCUGACAGCAUUGUUCAAUGUGGGCGUAGAACGCUUGAAACAGCAAUAUCAUUUGUUAAUCAGCAUCCUUUGUGGAAUGCUAGGGUUGUAUAUGGUGACACUGACAGUCUUUUUGUUCUUCUAAAAGGGCGAUCUAGGGAAGAAGCAUUCAGAAUAGGGAAGGAGAUUGCCUCUUUAGUAACUGCAAUUAAUCCAGAUCCAGUCACAUUGAAGUUUGAAAAAGUUUAUCAUCCCUGUUUUCUUCUUACAAAGAAGAGAUAUGUUGGCUAUAGCUAUGAAAGUCCUGAACAGAAUGAGCCAAUCUUUGAUGCGAAGGGGAUUGAGACAGUGCGGAGAGAUACAUGCCCAGCUGUUGCGAAGAUGUUAGAACGAUCCCUUAGAAUAAUGUUUGAAGAACAGGACUUGGUCAAAGUUAAAACGUAUUUGGAGCGUCAAUGGACACGGAUAUUAUCAGGAAAAGUUUCUAUUCAGGACUUUGUUUUUGCAAAGGAGGUUCGUCUAGGUACUUACAGUGCAAGGGCUUCCUCACUGCCACCCGCAGCAAUUGUUGCAACAAAAGCGAUGCUGUCUGAUCCUAGGGCAGAACCACGUUAUGCAGAGAGAGUGCCCUAUGUUGUUAUCCAUGGGGAACCAGGGGCUCGUCUUGUUGAUAUGGUCAUUGAUCCUUAUGGCCUGCUAGAAGUUGGAUCUCCUUACAGAUUAAAUGAAUUAUAUUACAUAACCAAACAGAUUAUCCCUGCACUACAACGUGUCUUUGGACUCCUAGGUGCUGACCUGAAUAAGUGGUUUAAUGAGAUGCCUCGCCCCAUACGACCAACACUUGCUAAACGCCAGUCCACUUCUGGUCACGGUGCAUAUUCCAGUGGUGGCAGUUUCAUCCGAUUAGGGCUGAAUAAGAAAGCGUCCACCAAAGGAAGCAGGAUAGAUACCUACUACAUGUCGAGCCAUUGUGCUAUUUGUGGUGAUAUAAUUCAAGGAUCAGACACUUUUUGCAACAACUGUUUGAAAAGUGAAGCUGUUGUUGCCACUGUAGUAGCUGGCAGGACUUCAAAAUUGGAGCGAGAAAUCCAACAUCUUGCUGCUAUAUGUGGUCACUGCGGAGGAGCGGACUGGAUUGUUGAAAGUGGGGUCAAAUGCAUUUCGCUUGCAUGCCCCGUGUUCUAUGAGCGCCGGAAGAUUCAGAGGGAGUUAAGAGUUGUCUCGGAAUCUGCUGGAGAAGCUGGAUACUAUCCAUUCUGUUGUGCCGAGCUAUUCUGAAUUUGCAUUUUCGUUGUUCAUAUCAUGUAUAUUGUACAUCUGUAAAAUGUACAAUCAGACUGUAAUUAUUCUGUUGUACCUUGUAACAUUGUAUUUGUACCAGUGUGCAAAGCAUAGGAGAAUAAUGUGUA